CAUAAUUAAUAUUUCAAUCGCAAUUUACUUCUUCUUUCUUAUUGCCUUCAAUCACACCUUCAUAAAUUCAUAUCUCUCUCUCUUUCUCUCCAUUCUGCAAAAAACAAUGGCUACCACCUCCACUGAAAUAACCCAAGAUUUUCCAGGCUUUUUCAAGGUAUACAAAGAUGGUAGCAUUGAAAGAUACUGGAAUUCAGAUUUUUCUUCUCCAGGAUUAGACCCUGAAACUGGAAUCCAAUCCAAAGAUGUUGUAAUCUCAGACAAAACUGGCGUAAAAGCUCGCAUCUUCCUCCCAAAACUUCACGAUUCAUCCCGAAAGCUUCCCCUCCUCGUCCACUAUCAUGGCGGUGGAUUCUGUAUUGGAUCAGCUUUUAGCGCCCAUUUCAAAAGCUUUCUUUCUGCUCUAGCCUCACAAGCUAAUCUCAUAACCAUGUCUGUUGAGUACAGACUCGCUCCUGAGCACCCAUUACCAGCUGCAUAUGAAGAUUCAUGGGCAGGGCUUCAAUGGGUCGCUAACCACUCCGAUGGACAAGGUCCUGAAGCCUGGAUAAACGACCAUGCAGAUCUCAGCCGGAUUAUCUUGGCCGGUGAAAGUGCCGGAGCCAACCUUGCACACAACGUCGCUGUCCAAGCUGGUUUGACACCUUUGCCUGGGGUACACAUAACUAGGCUGCUUAUAGUGCACCCAUAUUUUGGGAAUGAACAGAUCGACAAAUUCUACAAAUAUUUGAGCCCAACAAGCUCCGGGUCGAGUGAUGAUCCGAAACUAAACCCGGAAGCGGAUCCGAACUUGGUGAAGUUGAAGGGUGAUAGGGUGCUGGUUUGUGUGGCAGAGAGAGAUUUCUUGAAGAGUAGAGGAGAUGCUUAUUAUGAAACAAUGAAGAAAUGUGGAUGGGGUGGUGAAGUGGAAUACUAUGAGAGUAAAGACGAGGAACAUUGCUUCCAUUUCUUCAAUCCUAAGAGUGAGAAUAUUGCACCUCUUAUUAAGAGAAUGGUUGAUUUCAUUAAGCAUGAUUGAUUUUGUUGAGAUUUUUGGUAAGAAGAUGUGGAAAAGGAAAAAAAUUGUAUUGAAGUUAAGCUAGUCUUGUUAAUUGCCUGGCCUUGUAUUUUCAUGAGUCGAAUUGGAGUUUAUUUGGAUUUC